ACAGUGCGCGAAGCGCAAUCAAAUCGGUUGUUACUUUUCGCAAUAUAAAUCAAUUUUUUGAGAUAAUUUUUAUGUUUUUUGUGUAAAAAUCAAUGUGACAAUGUAUAUUUUUGAUGUACAAUAUUUUAUUGGAAAUGUAUAUAAACAAUGUAAAGCUAUUUCAGUACCAAAGAUUAAUUUAUCUCGAUCACAAAAGAUAUUUAUAAUAUGUUUGACUGGUGGAACUUUGUUAUUAAGUGGUUUAGCUAAAUAUUUAAAAAGACGACGACGACCACCUCAUCCUCAUUUUCGUCGACCAACAAUUAGACAACGAUAUAUCAAUACAAAGGGUUCAAAUUUUGAUGCGGUUUCACAAGUGUCAUGGGCUAAAAGAAGUGAAGCCAGCACUCGAAGUCAUAUAAGUGACAGAGCUUCACUUGUUUCAUCGAUACCUGGUGGUCCCGAAGGUGAUGUUAAACUUACUCCACAACAAUACGGUGUUUUAGGUUUAGAGGCAUUGGAGAAGGCACUUUAUUGUUGGGAAGAUGCUCUUACAGCAUUCAGUUGCACUAUUGGUACUAAUGCACUCGCGCUACCAUCAAAAGCUGAUGCUGCUUUCACCCAUGAUGUUCAAGAACUCCUUGAUCUUGGUUAUCAAAUGCAGAGCACUGCUGAAUUAUUAUUCAUUGAUCAGCAUUCGGUGCUUUUCUGCAACGAUAGUGACGGAAGUGAGGCGAGUCAAAGGCGUGCAUCGACUAAUCGUUCAUUUGGAAGAGAAAAAGAAAAGGCUGAUGCUGCAUCAUCACCCGAAUCAUUUGCAUCUGCUAAAGAUGGGGUAGCAGAUCUAAGAGAAUUCGAGGAAUAUUUUGAAUUUUUCCCCCAUUUAGAGCAACAAAAAUUAUAUCAUGCAGCACUGAAACAGCAUGAGGACAAAAGCAUUCCAUGCAGGCGGCUUCAUACAGAGCUCGUAAAGUGUGGAUCGGACGUAGAACACGUAGCAAAGGUUCACUGUUUACGUCAAGCCUAUUCUAGACUUUUUACAAUGCCUGGUGCCGCAACCUGGAUCGCUGACAUUGGUCGGCAGAUCAUCAGUGAUUUAAUUGUCUAUGCGGAUAAGGAUCCAGAAGAAUAUUUAAUUCAUUAUGAUAACAUGAUGGAAUUCUUGGCCAAUCCUAGUAGUUAUAAAAUAAUGCAUGAAGAAUUAACAGCACGAGGUGUUAAAUGUAUCAACUUCUAUGAUGUCCUAAUCGAUUUUAUACUUUUGGACGCAUUUGAUGAAGUUGAUAAACCACCAUCAUCCAUUAAAGCCAUUCUGCAGAACCGCUGGAUAUCUGCCAGUUUCCGGAAAACUGCAAUCGGGACUGCAGUUUGGUCAAUUUUAGCUGGAAAAAGACAAAUGCUCAAGUAUAAUAAAGGAUUUUUAGCUCAUUUUUAUUUAAUUUCUGAGCAAGUAUCUCCUGUGCUAAUUUGGGGAUUCUUGGGACCCGAGGGAAGUCUAAAGUCAACUUGUCAAUACUUCCGGGAUCAAGUGAUAGAAUUUUUAGUAGAUAUUUUCAAUUUUUUUAAAGUGAGAUAUACCAAUGUCGAUGAACUUGCGGAAGAUAUAUGGAGGGAAAUGAAGACAAGGGUUGAGAAUAUAAAUCAACGACUUGCACUUGAGGGAUGUUAAUAACCAAGUAAUUGAAAAUAUUAGUCAUUAUAUGGAAUAGUAAACACGAAUCAAAGUCGUAUAAAUAAAAUAGACUGUCAUGUGUAUCGUUGUUGAUUCAAUGAAACUGCCAGUUAUUAUGAGAAUUAUUUAAACAAUCUAUACGUAAAUUUAGCUGAUCGUAACUAUUUAAUCAUGUUGAAUAAUUAUUUAAUACAAAUUGAUAUAACCAAAAGCAAUAAUAUCAAAAAAGCACAUAUAUUCCAACGCAUAAAUAUUUAUCUCGUAUUUAAUUAUAAUAUCCAGGGAUGAUUAGCAGCUAAUCAAUUCUCAGGAACUGUGGAAGAUUAUUUAAUAUAUUGUAUAUGGAUGUAUAAAUAUGUAUUGAUGUACAGAAAAAUGAGGGAAAGAAUUUUGUAACCAAUGGAUCUGUAUUAUACACAUAAAAAAAUAGAAAAAUCUGUCAAAAUUAUUGGUAAAAA